UAAUACGCCUGUAGAUAUUUUUUAAGCGCACGUUGUGUAUUCUGGUAUUAUCAAGUCUAUCCUGACUUUUCGUUGCUGGACGUGAAAGUAUACACGAAGUUAUGUUGUAAAGUGCGAACUAAUUUUUCGUAUUGUUUUUUUAAUUUUUGUGAAAGAAAUAAUAUGGAUUGCGGAGUUAUUGGCGGAAUAGAAGGGGGUGGUUCUCGAUCAACCAUUGUCCUUCUAAAUUCGAGCGGCCAAGUAAUUGUAAAAUUAGAAAAAUCAGGAACGAGCUAUUUCCUUUUAGGAAUGGAGCAGUGCCGUAAGAAUAUCGUACAAAUGACAAAUGAUGCAAAAAGGGAAGCAGGAAUUCCAGAAGAUGUACCCCUAACCGCAUUAGGAUUAAGUUUGACCGGCUGUGAAGUAGACGAAUUAAACCAGGAAUUAGUUAGAGGUUUAUUGGAAAAUUAUCCAAACCUUAGCGAAAGGUACGCGGUGGGUAGUGAUACUGAGGGGCCAAUUGCUGCUACAUCGUCCAAAGGGGGAGUUGUUUGUAUAUCAGGAACUGGUUCAAACACUCUUUUAAUAAAUCCUGAUGGAUCUAAAAUACAAUGCGGGGGUUGGGGGCAUAUUUUGGGAGACGAAGGAAGUGCUUAUAGAAUAUCUUAUCGUGCCAUCAAAUUGUGCUUCGAUCACAUAGAUGGAUUCGAGCCAUGUCCAUAUUCGAUAGAUACCGUAUGGAGCAUGGUAAAAGAGCAUUUUAGGGUCGAGGAUAAUAGGGGCCUUUUGUAUCACUUUUACACUAAUUUCAGUAAAUCCUUCAUAGCGUCGUUGUGCAAAGAGUUAGCCGUUCACGCCCAAGAAGGAGACGAACUUUGUAAAUUUAUUUUUCGAGAGGCCGGCGAACAUUUAGCAAAAGCAAUUGCCUCGGUUUAUAAUAAAGCUUCCCCAAUAUUGUGCGAAACAGAGGGCGGUCUUCAUAUUUUGUGCGUAGGAUCGGUGUGGCAUAGUUGGAGUUUACUGAAACCCGGGUUUGAAGCGUGGAUUGAUAAGAAAACUACCAUUCAAGAAUUAUCCUUGUUGAAACUGACCAUUGAUGUAGCCGUUGGCGCCGCGUACAUGGCAAUUGAUAGGCUGCAUUUAGAUAUUCCAAAAAGUUAUUCCAAAAAUUAUGUAAUUUUUUAUGGUUAUAAACGGGGCCACAAAGAAAAUGAAUUAUUAUAUUCCACGUAACAGUAAAGCAUUUAUUUAUAUUUUUUGGAUGUUUUUGCACUUCCUUAAAUAUUAUAAAUCAAUGGAGGUCAUAUUUAAAGAUUUUUGAAACAUGUCGAACAUGAAAUAGAAAAAUUUUAUGCACAAAAAGAAAUUUGUACCUACAUGUAUUUUAUUUUAUGAUUAUUGAU